AAAAAUUCUCCUCUCAGCGCCCACUCCAGUGUACCAAAUUCAACGAUAUCUUCCACACAAUACACCCCCGCCUUCCUUCCUAAAAUGCCCCCAAAUAUCAUGAUCCGCCGCGAGGUGAUGUUCCGGGCUGGAAUGAUGCUUGUCAAUGAAAUGGAAGCCACUGCCUGGAACCCUGGCAACCUUAUGGUUGGGAUUGCCAUCCAUAAGAAUCCAAGCGUUCGUAUGGUUAAAGCGGUUGAGUCGGCCAAGGACUUGCUCCGUGAAGUCGCUGUGAGCGACCAUAAACUGCGCAAAAUGGAUCGCAUCAAUGAUCUUCAGCCACUGGCGAAUAUCCAUAAUACACUUUUACAGCUUGGAGGAUUAAUCUCUUUGAAACAACAUUUCUACGAGGAACUUCAAGGUAUCAAAUUACGCCUUCAGGAACUGCAGAGACACAUGACAGACAACAUUGGCCAGGCCGUUGCAGAAGUUCAUGACUUCAUCUGUUUCGUCACUUUUGUCAACUUGAUCCACCCGCAAAACUGCGUAUUAACCUCCAAAUCCAUCAAGGAUGCGGAGAUUCUCGCCUCUAAGAACUCAUCCCCCGAGGCACUCCAGGCGUUUGUUGAACUCCGUCAGGUUUACGAUCUGCAGACUCCCGUUCCAGGGUACCGUCUAAGCAAAGCCAGGGAGCUACCUGCAAUCACUAGGUGCGCAAUGGAGCAAUGGCACAAAGGUUACUUUUCUCAUGCAGCCGCAACUGGAAUACAAGUUAUCCCAUUCCAGAUCAUAUUCGGAUGGUGGAUUAAUUAUCAACGCAAGUUUGUUAGUAGCUCUCAAGAGAAAAUCACUCCGAUUGUGCAAGAACUUAUCAACUGCGCAUAUACCUCGGAGGCCAGUGAGCCAAAAGAUAAGGACGAGAAACUAUGGAUGCAAGAAGAUAAGGAGGCUUUUAAGGCUGUUACUAACCUAGCUAUGUCUAUGACUGAAUUGUGCAAAAAUAUCCCUCUACCCGAGCAUGUCAAACCGAACCCUCAGAAAGAGAAGCAGUUGCCGAUUUACACCCAGUUCAAAGUCGAGCCUCAUGUUCCUCCGAUCUUCCAAGAAUUCCAGAAGCUGGUGGCUCAAAUUUACGGACUUUUUGAAGAAAACUCGUGCUCAACUUUCACUAUCAUGACCAAAGCGUAUUAUCCAAAAGUGGAGAACUACCUUAGGUUCUCUGAAAAAGACCAGACAACAUCUUCUGUGAAGCACUUGAGCGCCGCGACCUACUUUUUCAGUUCGCUCCGUGAGGUCCCAGUUGUGGUUCUCAUCAAUAAGAAUGUAGGGGGUGUCGUGCCACGCAAGGCUGAGGUUCCACUCCUUGAUGCUGUUAGCUUGGCCGGAGUGGAUCCCACUAUUGCCGAUGAAGAGCUCUUGGCGGAGAUUACUUGCAAGAAUUUGCCACAAGUUGGCAUGCACUUCCUUGUCAGGUAUCGCGGACAAUCUCACCAGUGCCCGCGCAACUAAAUUCUACUAUCUCUGGUGGCGUUUGAUCGCAGCGCUCUAUCAGCGAAAAGAUGACAAAUUUCGCUAUCCGGGUAGUCUUUAGAUAGUUCCAUUCAAAAUCAAACUCUUGUAUCACAAGAUUUGCCAUAUCUCCAUCCACACUUUCAUUGUAAAUUUAUAUCAAAAAAAAAAAGACCCCAUCCAGCCCCCUGGAAGAACAGAGGAAGGAGGGGACUGGUUGAGGGCAUUUUUCUUCCCUUAUCACCAGGUACAUGGUGAACCUCCCAGUGAGGUUGGGGAGUUUUUAUUUUACAAAGGGAUCUAAUUCGGGAUCAUGGCUUCAGGCCCAUUCGGGGUAGCGAUUGAUAAUUUAGAGGAGUAUGUUAUUGUCCAUUGGUUCCACUUUGGGGAGGAUAGGAGUUUCUUUUAUUAUUUGGGUUUUCUAGGCCAUCUUUCCGGGUUCUUACCGCGCUUUUUCCCGCAGUUUGCGAAUAAAUUCAAAGACCCAAAGAAAACAAA